AUGGAACAGCUCCAACGAAUGCUCGCGGGUGGCCGUGGUAUGGGUGGUGGUGCCCCCGCUGCCCAGACGAUGGUGGCCGACAACGGUGAAACUGUUCACAUCUCUGCUCUUGCUUUGUUAAAGAUGCUCAAGCAUGGACGAGCCGGUGUUCCCAUGGAAGUCAUGGGUUUGAUGCUUGGAGAGUUUGUGGACGACUAUACCAUCUCUUGUGUCGAUGUCUUCGCCAUGCCUCAGAGUGGUACCACCGUCACUGUUGAGUCCGUUGACCAUGUGUUCCAGACCAAGAUGCUGGACAUGCUGAAGCAGACUGGCCGACCCGAGAUGGUUGUUGGAUGGUAUCACUCGCACCCUGGUUUCGGAUGCUGGCUUUCCAGUGUUGAUGUCAACACUCAACAAUCUUUCGAACAACUUCACCCCCGAGCGGUCGCUGUCGUCAUCGACCCUAUCCAAUCCGUACGAGGCAAGGUCGUCAUUGACGCCUUCCGAUCUAUCAACCCUGCCACCAUGGCCACUGGCCAGGAAUCCAGACAAACUACCAGUAACAUCGGUCACUUGAACAAGCCGAGUAUUCAGGCUCUGAUUCACGGUCUCAACAGGCAUUACUACAGUUUGGCCAUCGACUACAAAAAGACCGAAGCGGAACAAGGAAUGUUGUUGAACCUUCACAAGAGAGGGUGGACUGAGGGGCUCAAGCUGCGGGACUUUGAGGAGAUGAAGGAAGGAAAUGAAAAGGCUGUCCAGGACAUGCUCAACCUCGCUGUCGCAUACACCAAGUCUGUUCAAGAAGAAGCCACCAUGACCGAGGAAGAGCUCAAGACACGGCACGUCGGCAAGCUUGACCCCAAGCGACACUUGACGGAGGCGGCAGAGAAGGCUAUGGGUGACCAGGUGACCCAGAGUUUGGCCAUGGGUGUUUUGGCCGAGCUGUAG